UUCAUCGAGUCCUCGAUCGAUAGAAAUAUUCAUUCAUGUUUUAACGCGAGAGAUAAAAAUCGAUGUUAAAGCCACGUUAGACGCAUAAAUAAUUUUAUAAUGAGAUGAAAUCUCAACUUAAUCUGCUCGUAAAUUAUAUAAAAAUAUUUCAAAAAAAUGUCUUUGAAUGCCAAGAUGUCGAUCUUUUAAGGAGUUUUUAUCAUUAAUCCUGAUUGGAGUAGCUAUCUAUGCCAGAGCUACAGCUGUUGUUACAAACCUGCCGAUCCUUGGAGGAGUGAUAGCAUGUGGGGUAUUUCUUCUAUUAUUGUCGAUCUUUGGGAUGGUCGGUGCUGUCAGACACAGCCAGGUUAUAUUAUUCUUUUAUAUGGUCAUUCUUGUUCUUCUCUUCAUAAUUCAAAUGGCUGUUUCCAUAGGGGCAUUAGCAGUAACACAUGACCAGCAAGAAAAGCUAAUGGAAGCUGGAUGGAAAAAACUUCCCAGUGAAAUUAAAGGCAAAAUUCAAACACAAAAAGACUGCUGUGGAUUUAAGAAUAUUACUGACAUUCAAUCUUGUCAAAAGGUUAAAUGUUGUAAAAAUAAGCUAGAGAAAUGUAAUGAAUGUCAAACAUGUUACACAAAAUUAGAAGUGGUCAUAGAUCAUCUUCUGAAGCUGGCAGGUGGAGUUGGACUCUUCUUUAGUUUUACACUGUUAUUUGGUGUGUACUUGACUUGUCGUUACAGGAAUCUGAAGGAUCCAAGAGUUAAUCCAAGCCAUUUUCUAUAAAUAAUAUAAUUAUCUACUCCAUUAAUAACUUGCCUCAAAAUAAUGACACUCCCUUUUGUCACUAAAUAGGUUACUGCAAUUUGCAAUGUUAGAUCAUAACUAUGAACUCUUCUGUUUCAAACUGCUAUCAGUUACUGCAAUUCUCAAUAUUCUGUGAACUCAGACAUUUUAACGGCUUGUUGUGAAAUUGGUUUUUCACUGCCGUCAAUUAAAAUCUUAGUCUGUUAACUUGGUCAAAAGUGGUAGAAAGUGAGGCAGCACAAAGGGAGAAGAACAUUACCCUCCUCAGGUGCCCAUCAAGCUUGCCCUUACUCUUCGUGCGACAAAUAGGCAGGGGGAAAACUCGACUCAACUGAGUUAGGAGCAAAAAGAGGGACUAUUAACAGUCUAAAUUAAUCAAAAGUAACCAGUCUGCACCUUUAGUAUUUUUGACUGACAGCAGUGAAAAACGAAAUUCCUUCACGCACCUCGCAACUAUCAAGUAUGCAGAAUAUUGAGAAUCAGGUAGAAUAUUGGGAAUCAUAAUGAGUGUUGCUCAAAGCUGCCAUUUAGAAAGACUAUAUUGAAAAAGAAGAGUAAAUUAAAACCCCAAAAGGCUUGUAAGAGUAAUUUCAAAAACUUUCUCUUGUUCAUUUCUGCUUUAAUUUAGUUUUAUAAUCUUGUUUAUUUAAUAUUCUUUAUUUAAUGUUUCCAAUGUUAUUUCUUUUGUUUGAUUUUUUAUAACCAGUCAAAAAAGAACUUAAUAUUUGUAAUGCACACCGUAGGCCCCGUCUCUCCACACUAUCUAACCCUGUAUUGGAGGGACGUAAAAGAACCACUGAGGACGUAAUAAAACCCUGGCAGUGACCACCCUCAGUGUCUGGCCUUUACUAAUGAUAUCUUAACGGGUUGAUUUGUAUUAGAACACUAACUUUGAUCCUGAAUACCCGAGCACUUAAGCCUCGAAGAGAGGGCAUGCUUGUAAUUUGGUAAAUGUAAAUGAUAAUGAAAGGAGAUAAGUUUGGCAUUUUCGAAACCAGUGACUUGUAGAAUUCUGCUUUAAUUUACCCUUAUAAUCUUUAAUAAUCUUUAUCUAAUGCUUCCAAUGUUAUUCGUUUUGUUUAUGAUCCUUUAUAACCAGUCAAAAAAGAAGAUACAAAAUUGAAAGAGUAGAGUGAAGUCUCAAAAUUACAGAAUUGGCUGAGCUUGUGAAGCAGCUGAUAUUAUUAAUUAUUAUUUACCAGCUUCAAAAACCUUAUAUUUGAUCACUUUAUAGCGUAUUUUGUACUCAAUAUCUAUAGUACUUGUUAAAAUUUUGAACAAGUACUAUUUUCUAGAAGUGUAAUUUUAUAAUGUAAUAAGUUAAAAAAGAUGUUACUAUGAUUAUUACUGCUAUAUCAAUCAUGUGAUUUAGAUAUCAAUGCUUUGUCUCUUUGAAAUAUAAUAGCUGUUUAUUACAAUUGA